AUGACAGAGACAAUUAGUCCUCAAAAGCUCGCCCACGUUGUCCUUCGAACCGCUCAAUUCGACAAGAUGCUUGAUUUCUACAAAAUUUUCCUUGGGGCGAGAGUCGCCUUCAGCAAUGGUGAGCUAGGACUACUCCGCUACGACGAUGAGCACCACCGCAUCGCAAUUGCCGGAAUUCCAGGCACUACCAAGAAGGAACCGACUUCUGCGGGUCUGUGGCAUGUGGCAUUCACCUUCAAUUCUUUGCAAGAACUAUUGACUGCCUAUACACAAAGAAAGGCACAUGGUAUACUGCCAGCCUGGUGUAUCAACCAUGGACCAACCACAAGCAUGUACUAUUUCGAUCCUGAUGGCAACCAAAUCGAGACGCAGAUAGAUAACCUAGAGCCAGAGGAAGCAGAUAUAUAUAUGCAGUCUCAUAGCUAUCAAGAGAACCCUAUCGGGGUCAAGUUCGAUCCUGAAGAGGUGAUAGGUAUGCUCGAACAGGGAGUGGACGCUGAGGUGAUCAAGAAACGUAUUGAUAUUGGUCCAAAAGACUUCCGUGAUAUACCUAAGGAGAUUAUCCCAUACUCUUAA